AAACGAAACUUAAACGGACGUGGAAAGGGAAAACGGAAACCAUGUUUUAUGUUGAGAGUUGCACUUUGUUCUGUAUUUUUAUGUAUUUUUGAGUAAGUAUUCCUAACCUAGGAUGGAUAACUACGUAGCUAAGCUGAACGAGUAUGCACAGAGGCAGCGGCUGGUGCUGCAGUUUGAGGAGAUUGGAGUUGCUGGGCCUGACCACAUUAAAACAUUUACUCUAAGAGCCGUCCUGGAUGGUAAAGCCUAUCCUGACGGUGUCGGAAAGAACAAGAAGGAAGCCAGACAGAACGCGGCUAAAAAUGCUUUGGCAGGAUUGUUGGAGAAACCAGCUGAUAUUGUAAGGUUAUUACUCCACUGCAUUCACUCACUGUAUGCAGGGAUAUUUGUUUUAAUCUGCUGUAUGUUUGUUGGUUACAAACAGACAGAAAAUGCUGCAGAAGUUUCUGCUACAUCAGUUCAUCAGACAAGUGCCAGUAACAUCAACUACAUAUGCUGGCUCAAUGAAUAUGGACAAAAGAAUAGGGUGCUUGUAAGGCCCGUGGAGACUACCAGACCUGGACUAAAUAAUCAAUGGUGUAACUUUAUAGUUGGUGACAAGGAGUAUCCAGCAGCCUCUGGGAAAACAAGGAGGGAAGCAAAGGAGGAAGCAGCCAAACUUGUAUAUCAUGAAAUAUGUGGCAAUAAAAGUUCAGAGGCAAAUUUCAGGUCAGCCGAUGAUGGUGCCAAGCCGUUCACCCCACCACGCACACCGGACUCUGGUCAUCCAAAAUCAAUCAGCACUGCACCAAGUAAAAGUGACUCCGUUGUUUUCGUCAAGUCAUCAAACCCUCCCAAAGAGCAGGCUCAAAGCCCUGAUGUGAAGCCCAAAAUCAGGAUUGCAGCAAAUUUCCCAAAUGCGCACAGAAACAGCAAAGAGGAUAUAAUGCCCAAUUUCAAAGUCAAGAACACAACGAGUGGUCAGAGUAGGAAUACGCCAGCCCCUUCAUCGAGCAGGUUUACGUCAGAAUUUGACUGCAUAGAGCGCCUUGGUAAAGGAGCCUUUGGUCGUGUUUUCAAAGCAAAUCAGAAACUAUUGCAGAAGUAUUAUGCUAUAAAAAUUAUCCACCGCAAAGAAAAAGCUCUGCGAGAGGUGGUGACCUUGUCAGAACUCCAUCACUCCAACAUCGUUCGGUACUACACAUGCUGGCUGGAGGACUCAGAAUACCAGUCAGACAGUACAGCUGAUAGCAGUACUUCACACUCUUCCACUGAUUCCGCUGUAAAGUACCUCUAUAUUCAGAUGGAGCUGUGUGACUCCAAAACACUUCGAGUGUGGAUCGAUGAGAAGAAUAUUCAGAAUGUGAAGAAAUCUCUGCGAGACUCCAAGAGAAGAGAAGAAGGUCUGAACAUUGCCCUGCAAAUAGUCAGCGGAGUUGAAUACAUUCACUCCAAGAAGCUCAUCCACAGAGACUUGAAGCCUGCCAACAUCAUGUUUGGACGGGAAGGAGAAGUGAAGAUUGGAGACUUUGGUCUGGUCACUAAUGAAAAUGAAGACGAUGCUGAGGAGAGAACUGUGUACAAAGGAACCCCGUCUUACAUGGCUCCUGAGCAGAAGAGCAAGAGUCCAACACUUUAUGACCGAAAAGUGGACAUAUUUGCUUUUGGGCUGAUAUGUUUUGAACUGCUUUGUAACAUCCCAGCUGGUCAGGAAAGGACCACGAUUUGGGAAGAUGCUAGGAACCAGAAACUUCCUCAGGGAUUUUCUCUUCAUUUUCACCAAGAGAGCCAAAUUAUUAGAUCGAUGCUGAGCAUGAAACCAGAAGACCGACCAGAAGCAAGUAAACUUAAGAUUGAGUUGGAAGAGUGCAAACGCUCAUUUAUGCUGCUUAAAAAUAUGCAACGUGAGAGCAAAACAGUCUGAGCACUACAAGGAAGUACUCAAAGGCACUGCAACCACUGGUAAUUCAUCAUAUUUCAUGGCAUACUGAGGUUCUUAAAUAAUUUUAUUAUUACUAUGUAGUAUGUGGUACAGUACUUGAAAAAAAUCAGUGCUGUGUGGUUUGCAUUGUUUACAUUUAACAAAGACUCAUGUUCUGGGUUAUAACUGUCAGCCAGUAUGAAAUAAUUUAUUAUGUAUACUGAGGCGGUUAAAUCGAUUUUGCACUGAACCCUGUUUUAUAAAGAAAAUAAAUGAA